CACGUCGCAGUCCAUCGUACCCACCCGGACCAACCAGAAGCUCAACUCAGGUGUGAUUUUCGUGUGAUAAAUUCAAAAAAAAGUGUCGCAGAGAAUGUCCUCAACGGUUGGUGUGGUGCUAGCUGCAGUCCUGUGUGCGUUUUGUCUGCGAUUGUUGCACGGAGUUCCGGUUCCGGUACUGGACGAUGUAGCUGCCGAGGAUGGAGUGCAUCCGCUGAAUACACUGUUUCAUCCGGACAUUGGGGAAGGGUUCGAGACGGACGAGUCGCUGUCGAGCAACAGCACCAACGGAACGCACAAAGAUCUAUACGUCAUCAAGGCCGUUGUUUACGAGGUCGGCAUCCUAGUGGACGAAUCGGACAACGACACGCUCGAAGUUGGUGACGAACCCAUCUCCGAACAACAAGUGGACCUCACCUUUUUCACCCACAACGCCAACAAGACGCACAUCAACCUCGGGGACAUCCCCCUCCCGGUGGCCACCAGCGUGCACGGCCAGGUGCUAACCGGAAUCGCUCCGGUGCACAUCGGUGCCGUGUCCAACCUGCAGGACGUGCUGGCAACGCUCCCCAUUACGGGAACGAUCGUCAACAUUACGCAAACUAACUCGUCGUACAUUGAGCUCUCGAAGCAGAAUAUCAGCGACCUGCACGAUUCGGCCAACAUCAUAAGCGUGGCCGAUCUGGCCAAACUGCCCAUCGAGUCCGCGAACCAGCCGCUGAUUCCGGCCUCGCUGGACCAAACCAUCGCCGGGCUGGCGGCGUCUUCCGGAACCACGGACUAGGAGGGUGACGCGCGCGCGUUUGCUAGGCUAAUUAGAGGUUAAGUGUGAUGCUGUGUGCGGCUUGCAGGGGUGCCAGGUUGCCAGAUAAAUCUGGCAUUGCCAGAUUUUUUGAGCGCCAAUUAGAAAAAAAAUAAUUUUCUAUUUCUUCCUCACAUUGUUUUAUUGACGUUUUUUGUUUAUUUUGUGAAGCUAUAAUGUAUAAAAAGUGAAAUUAAACAGUUUUUGAACAAAAAAUUACUUAUUACUUUGAGAAAAGUGGCUUGCCAGAUUUUUCCCAGAUUUUUUGCCUGAUUUUUUACUCUUCAGACCUGGUAACCCUGGCGGCUUGUGAUUUUUUCGCGUUUUGUGUGAAAAAUAUACCAGCAUGAAUAUCGUGUUUCCUUUUUUUUUUUUUGCUAGAUCAGAUGAUUAUCUUGUUUUGCACCGAAUCGAUGAUGACGGCCAAGGUUUGCACGCUCACAAGUGCUAAGUGAAGAUGACUUUCGGGGACGUUCUCAAGUUUCGCGCCACAAACAACGUUUGCUCCUUGCUCAUCAUUAUGGGCUCUUUAUUUAGACUAUAAAGUAUUUUUCUUCACUUUUGUGUUGCUUUCUUUAAUAAUAAUGCUUCCCACAUUUUGUCACUCAUUCACUCCCAGUUUAGCUUUUCCUUUUCGCUGUUUCCUCUCUCGUGCAACUUGAUGAGGUUAGUGUACUGCCUUAAAUUCUGUGAACCUUAAUUUUAUUAUUUUAUACUUUUUUUUUCUUUU